AUGAACAAAUAUACUCUAGUUUUCGCAGGAUUAGUUGCGCUUUCAUCAGCAAACUUAGGCUCCGAUUGCUCCAACUUUAAUGGAGAAAUGGGAUGCAGAAGUGGGCAAAUUGCCACCAACCCAGAUGACUGGGCUCAGAGAUCAUUCUAAACUUCCCUUCCUGGUGAUGCUUACUACAAGCCAGAGUACGAAGGACUCGGGAGGAUUGUGUGCUACAAUUCAAUAUUAUAUAAGAGUGAUAAGAAAUCAGCUACUGUUGACGUAAGAUGCAGAUAACAUGCAUCAAUCACCAAAGUAGAGUACAACUUCAAUAACCAAGGCUUCCAAAGCAACAAUCAAUUCCAAGUUGAUUCAUCAUUCGGUGAUGUGCUACCAGUUGUUGUGAGAGGAACUGAUGGUCAAGGAUAAUAAUACUCUAUUACCCUUGAACCUUUGAAUUUUAUUUGGCAAGGUGCUCCAAUUAAUCAAGGUCCUCAAUACAAAGGAGGCCAAAAAGGAGCUAUUGUUGAAAUGUUCGGAUGGCCAUACGCUGAUAUUAAGCAAGAGUGUGCUUUCCUUGGCAAAAGUGGUUAUAUGGGAGUCAGAGUCUUCCCACCUCAGGAGUCAGUCUUUUCAUAUGAAUGGCCUUAAAACGGUGAACUCAAUCCAUGGUAUUUCUACUAUCAACCAGUGAGCUAUAAAUUAACUGGUAGACACGGAUCUAGAGAGGAGCUGAGAGACCUGAUCUAAACUUGCAGAUAAGCUGGUGUAAGAGUUUAUGCCGAUGCAGUUGUCAAUCAUAUGAGUGGUGGUGGUAAUGAUGUAUGGCCAUAACACAGAAAUGGAAAUGGAGGUGGCUGUGCUACUUGGGGACCUAAAAUUUCAACAGGUUAAUCUCCAUACUAUACCCACAACUUUAUGUUCCAAGACUCAAACAACACUGGCUUGAGACCAGGUCUUGAAUUCCCAUCUGUUCCAUACAACCCAACUGACUUCCAUUGUGAAAGAUCCUUGAGCUCAUGGAAUGAUCCCUUCCAAUUGAACAAUGGAUGGCUCUCAGGACUUGCUGAUCUUAACACUGAGUCAGAAUAUGUCCAAGAAAGAAUCGCCUCUUAUUUCGUUGACUUAUUGAGCAUUGGAUUCAGUGGUUUCAGAAUCGACGCUGCCAAGCAUAUUCAACCUAAAUCCUUGUCUGCUAUUAUCGCAAAAUUCAAAAAGAACCUUGGAGGUGGAGACCUCCCAGCUGAUUUCGUUACUUGGCUUGAGGUUAUCAUCGGAGGUGAAAAAGAUCUCUUGAUGUGCGCUGAUGGUGACUAUAACUUUGGUAAAUCAUUUGCUGGAUUCAUGGCUGCUGCUGGACUUUCAGAUAACGAUAUCUACAAGAUAAAGAUCUGGUCAAGUGACUAUCCAAAGGAAUUCCCAAUCUGCGGCUGGGUCAUCCCAUCUGAGAGAUACGCCAUUCAAAACGACUGCCACGACGACCAAAACCCAGGCUCUUCAUCAAGAGAUAUGGGCGAUAAGGGAAGCGUCCUCGUUAUCCAGAAAGAUGUAAACAGGCACAGAGAGUUCGAGAAGCAACUAUUCACCAGAACCGACGGUAACUGGCAAAUCAAGAUGGUCCUCUCCUCAUACACCUUUAUGAACAACGGAGCUAUGGGUAUUCCAGACGGAAAAUCAGACUGCAGCAAAUGCGUUGGUAACCAAUGCAACAGUUGCUCGAAGUCAGUUCCAUUCAGCCAAGCAUACAAGGCUGAUUCAUGCGGUUAUGAUUGCAGUGAAGGUGGUAGCUGGUAACAAGGAGUUUAUACUAGAGUUCACAGAGACCCCUAGAUUGUUUAAGCUAUGAGACAAUGGCAAGGACUCAGCCAAGUUAAUGAUGCUCACAGCCUCGGCUACACAGCUAACUGCGCAUCCCACUUUGAAAAUACUUUCCUUAACGUUAUGCAAUGA